CGGAACCGGAGGAGAGCUGCUGAUUGACAGCCCUCCCGCUGCUCAGAGCUCAGCCGCUGAGGGCCUCAGUUCAUCUCCUCCCUCUGUUUCUCUUCUCGAAGGGAACCUUUCCCUUGUCUCCAAGAGAUCCUCCCUUGCUCGAGAUCUUCCUUCCCUACCUGGCGGCGACGACUGGGCGAGGGGCGGUCCAGCCCUUUGCCGGCGACGAGCGCCUCCUCCACUCCAGAAUCGUAGAUUGAAUCCUAGCCAUGGACUGCAACAAUAAUGAUCUUGAUAAGAAAAAUAAAGGAACAGAAGCUCAAGUAUACGUUCCUCAGGAUGCCCAAAGGAUUGUCCUUGCUUUUCUACCUGGUAGGAUUGUUGUGAAACUUCGCAGUGUGUGCAAGUUCUGGCGAGACUGCAUUGAAGAACCUAGUUUUGUGGACAGUCACCUAAACAAUGCUUACCGCUUCCACCAGUCCAUUGCUUGUUUCACCUCGCUUGAUCAUGGCCUAGUCCACAUGUACACAUUCGAUUCUGCCACAAUGAAUUUCAGAAGCGUGGAACUCGUGUUCUCAAAUAGGUUUCAAAUGUCAGGCCCCUGCAAUGGCUUGGUGUGCUUGUAUGAUAUAAAAGACGACGCUGAGGUCUUGAAUCCCACAACAAGGAAGCACUUGAGGCUGCCAGAUUCAGUACUCAAGUCACGGUCUCUUUACUCUGAAUAUUUUGUUGGAUUUGUGCACUCCACAAAAGAAUACAAGGUGGUCUCUGUCCGUCACUGUGUGCGGUUCUUGGCAUUUGAAAUAUGCACUGUUGGUGCGUUGUCAUGGAGAACAAUACGUGAAUCUGCAGAGCUUCUAAAGGCAACGAAGGCAGUUAUUGUUAAUGGUAGCAUGUACUGGCUACUUCUUCGCAAGGCAUCCUCCAGUUUGUCUCGAGAAAUCCUGAUGCUCAACCUGACAGAUGAGACGUUCACAAAAAUUGCCAUCCCUGAUGCUGUAAAAAAACAUGAUAUGGAAUUAUUCGAGGGGGAAGGAAAGCUUCUUUUGUUGUCAAAUCGUUAUGAUAGAUCAUCAAAAAAUACAGUUUCAGAUAUUUGGGUGGUGGACUUGACUCAUCAAGAGUGGAUUCACUUACAUACAGUUGCUCCUCGGAUGCCUGUGGGCAUGAACCCAUUUUUCCAGCUCAAGUCGAAGAUCUUCUUUGGCAACCAAAAGAGACUCGUCUGUGUAGAUCUUGAAGAUCGUACAGUUUCAUACAUUGACAUGCCUUCUUGUGAGACUUUGAUAUCUUGUGGCAUGUUUGUGGAGAGUUUUGCACCUGCUGUGACAGGCUUGGUGAGCUCUACCGCGUCAUCAUAUGGUAACAGUUCUGGUCUCAAUGAACCAUCCUCAGCAGACCCUGGACAAUCUUUUCGAAAUGCUGAAUCAUCCUCGAUAGGCUGUGAUCAAUCUUCUGGUCUCACUGGAUGGUCCUCAGCUGACUUUGAGCUGUCCUUUAAGAGAGCAAAGAGAACAACGAACAUGGUGUGGAAGAUAUUGAAACAUGGUGGUCUAUCCCUGGGCUGAACAUCAGCCGGUUCCUUUAGGCUCAUACGAGUUGCCAUCUUUUGUGGGUAAGGUGCGAUGCUGUGUUUGCUCAUUGGUAUGGUACUGGUGGGAAUAAUAAGCCAUGGGCCCAUGGCAAUGGACAGAGUAUACCCAGAAAAAAAGGGUGGGAACUGAAUAAACAUCAAGCUAGGAGCGCCUGGCUUGGUCUAUGGAUUAUCCUUUCCGGACACAUCGGCUGGUUCCUUUUGCCUCGUACAAGCCGCCAUCCUUUGUGUGUGCUGUAUUUGUUCAUCACUGUGGUACUGGUGGAAGUACAACGAAGCCAUGGCAAUGGGACAGAGUAUACUAAAGGAACUGAAUAAACAGCAAGUGACAUGGCUGUGACUGUGCUUCAAAAAAGACAUGGCUGUGACUGUAACCUAUAAGUUGUGGGCAAUAAUGUUUACCCCUGCUUGUGGGGUUUGUACAGCUGAGAAAUGCUGAGGUUAUCGUUUCGCUCUGUACCUGUAAGCUGUGUCUGUAUGUAUGCAGUGAGUUUGUGAGCAAAAUGAAUCAGCAAAAACUGCUCAUUAUAUUAUUA